UGAACUCACACUACACCUUACCCCAUCCAAUCAUUUCUCCUCACUAAGACUAUACUAACGUUUCACGGAUAUGGAGACGACGGCCUCCGUCAACGGGAAAAAAUCCGCCUCCGCCAUGCAGGUGGAGGACGCGGCGGAGGUAGCCGCCGCGGAGACCCCGUUGUGGAAGAUAGUGCUGGUGGCGUCCAUUGCCGCCGGCGUGCAGUUCGGGUGGGCCCUACAGCUCUCCCUCCUCACCCCCUACGUCCAGCUCCUCGGUGUGCCCCACAAGUUCGCCUCCUUCAUGUGGCUGUGCGGCCCCAUCUCCGGCAUGAUCGUCCAGCCGCUCGUCGGCUACUACAGCGACAACUGCACGUGGCGGUUCGGUCGCCGGCGACCCUUUAUCGCCUCCGGGGCGUUGCUCGUCAUUCUCGCCGUCACGCUCAUUGGGUUCGCCGCCGACAUUGGCCACGCCGCCGGCGAUCUUCUCGAUAAGACCACUAAGCCGCGAUCGGUUGUUGUUUUUGCCGUUGGAUUUUGGAUCCUAGAUGUUGCCAAUAAUAUGUUACAGGGUCCAUGCAGAGCACUAUUGGCUGAUCUGGCAAGCGGGAAUACCGACAAAAUGCGGGCUUCAAACGUACUCUUUUCAUUUUUCAUGGCGGUCGGAAACGUCUUCGGCUACGCCGCCGGCAGCUACUCCGGCCUCCACAAAAUCUUCCCCUUCUCGAUGACAAAAGCCUGCGACCUCUACUGCGCCAAUCUCAAGAGCUGUUUCUUCAUCUCCGUCGCUCUCCUCCUCACCGUGACGACCUUGGCGUUGACUUUCGUCAAAGAGCAGCAGGUCAACGUCGCCGUUGACGGAAAAGGCGGGGAGAAGGCGAAGGCCGGCGGGGUGCCCUUCUUUGGGGAAAUCUUCGGCGCCUUUAAGGACCUUCCUAGGGCGAUGUGGAUUCUCUUACUGGUCACUGCCCUUAACUGGAUCGCCUGGUUCCCUUUCCUGUUGUACGACACCGACUGGAUGGCCAAGGAGGUGUACGGCGGCAAGGUCGGCGACAAGCUUUAUGCGAAGGGCGUGCAUGCCGGAGCUCUGGGUUUGCUCCUCAACUCGGUGGUUUUGGGUUUCACGUCGAUCGGGGUGGAGGUCAUGGCGCGGCGGUUCGGCGGCGUGAAGAAGCUCUGGGGCGGCGUGAACUUUGUCUUGGCGAUUUGCUUGGCCAUGACGGUUUUGGUCACGAAAAUGGCGGGGCAUUCCCGGCGGUUAGAUUCCAGCGGCAACGUUCUGCCGCCGACGGCCGGCGUUAAGGCCGGCGCUUUGGUUCUAUUCUCCGUCCUCGGGAUUCCUCUUGCGGUUACUUUUAGCAUCCCAUUCGCUCUGGCAUCCAUCUUUUCGAGCAAUGCUGGCGCCGGGCAAGGUCUUUCCUUGGGCGUCCUAAAUCUUUCCAUCGUCAUACCGCAGAUGUUCGUGUCGUUCUUGAGUGGGCCCUGGGACUCUCUGUUCGGAGGCGGGAACUUACCUGCAUUUGUAGUAGGAGCAAUUUCGGCCGCCGCGAGUGGCAUAUUUGCGAUGACGUUGCUGCCAUCUCCGCCGCGCAAUGUGCCGUUGUCCGCUGCCGGAGGUUUCCAUUGAAAGUUGAAACUGAAUGCGGUUUGGAGGAGCAAAUUUGCCCAUAGUUCAUAUGUAUGUAUCUAUCUUUUUUUCCAAAAGUUGUAACGGGGAAUAUAGAAGAGAAUCUGCUCCCAUGUGGUCUUCCUAUUAACUCGUUGACUUUUAUUUGAGUCAGUCAUAUAUCCAUAAAUAUAUACUCUUCGCAUCCACAUACUGCGCCUGUAGAGGCUGUAAUUUUUUUGUUCCAUAAAGGGAAGAAGAUAUUACCCCGUACAAGAAGCGGAGUUUUUCUUAAUCCACAACACUUAGAUGCUUCUAAUUGAAUGUAAUUUUCUGAUCUAGUCUAUUUUAGUCUCGUCUCAUCAGAAUUGGUCGAGAAAAUUGUGUCUCAUGUGUACGUACCUUACAAUUGUUGGAGUCUAUUAUGAUCAAAUUUCAUCGAAUUUACUUAAAUUUGGUCUAAUCUGAUUCGCUCGAUGUCUAAAUU